AGAAAAAAAACAACUAACAAAGCUCCAUGAAUCAUUUCGGAGUUAGCUUUCCGUUUUUGCGAUUCCUUCGAAUCGAAAUGCAAAAUUCACCUACGAAAAACCCAAACUUUUGAGUUCUAAAUUCAUCACCUGUAACGUGCUGCGAAAGUGUUUCGUGAAGCAAACCCACCAAAUCUGAGCUUAUUAGUAUAAGUUAAAGAUUCAAGCUUUGCUGAAUCUCCUCAAUUGGGGAAGUAUAAGGGACGAUGAGGAAUAAAUAACUGGCAAAGGUUUUUGAUGGGUAGGAGAGUUUCUUGGCCACAUUUGAGAUGAGUCGUUCUCCAUCGUUUUCUGCGAAGCCUGAGCUUAGUAUAAAGCCUGAUCCUGAGUCUUUGAAACGAUGGAUUCAUGCAUUUUGCAUUAUGAGGUUUGAUCUUGAGCAAGGGCAGCUCUUAGAAGAGUGUUAUCCACCAGAUUGUCUCUCACAAGAAGAGGAAAUUGAGGUUUCUUUCAACUCUUUCCCGGAUUCUGUCUCACAGCAUCAUAAUCGAUCAAGCAUACAUGACUGCAUUUUCUUUUUCCGGUUUCGUAGACCAAAGAAGAACACUGAGGAGAGAGAUGGUAGUGAUAGGUACUUGUAUGGUUAUGUAUUUAAUAGGCAGAGGCAUGAUGAAAGAUUGAAAAGGGGAGGUGAACAGAAGUCUGUGGUGAUAUUAUCGCAUACGCCUUACUCGAGUGUUUUUAGGCCUUUGUUGCAAAUCAUUGGUCCUUUGUAUUUUGAUGUUGGAAAUAAGGCUAUCGAACAUAUUGCUGGUUAUGUCUCUAUGUGGCCUGCUCCUGUGCCCGGUAAGCUAAUGGAGCUGCCUAUUGGUAAUGCAAUGCUUAAGGUGAACUUGCCACCUGCUCAUAGCCUUCCCUUGGAAAAUGGGAUUUUCUAUGAGGAAUCUGCCUCUUCCAUGGCUCCAUUGCUCCCUACAAAUCAGUCUGUUCCUCAAGGUCUUUUCCAUGACGCAGAUCUUUUUGGCAUUUACCGUGGACUAUUGUUGCAGCUAUGGACAUUGUGGGAAUUGUUACUCAUAGGCGAGCCUAUCCUUAUUAUAGCACCAACACCUCCCCAAUGUUCUGAGGCAGUUGCUUGUCUUGUGAGUUUGGUUGCGCCGCUAUUUUGUAGCGUUGACUUUAGACCAUAUUUCACUAUACAUGAUCCAGGAUUUGCUCGACUAAACUCUCUCCGAGAAGGAGACACUUUCCCGCCAAUGGUUUUGGGUGUCACCAAUCUCUUUUUCCUUAAAGCUCUUCGCAAUAUCCCUCAUGUUGUCUCAGUUGGAACCCCUGCUCCAAACUCAAACCGUGUAGCAUUUACAAGUAGGUCGGCUGGUAAAUUAUCUGUUAAACCUGAAGGAUUAGGCGUCCAACAGCUUUCAUUAAGAAGGUUCUCUCCUACAAAUUUGUUAAAUGCGGUAAAACUUAGGCGAGAUGGACCCCUGUGUCUCAUGACAGAGCACAAGGAAGCCGUCUGGACCACUUACUCUGCAAUAACCAAGCCAGACACUUCUAUUUUGAAUAGACUUAUUGAUGCUGGGAUGUCGCCAAGGGUUGAGGAGUCAAUGUCAGUUGUGAAUAAUGAGAUUCUGCGACGCCAUUUCCUGGAAUUAACUACAAAUUUCUUGGCCCCUUUUGGUCCAUAUUUCCAGGUCAAUGCUCCUUCUGAUGGGUCUUCCCCAUAUGUUACCCCUCCUGCGCUCCCAUCAUUUGGUGCGGAUGAAUUCCUUUCGAAUUUAUCUGCGAGAGGUGUAGGGAAGUUUUUGUCUAAACGAAUGAAAUCCAACUGGCCCGACUUGUAUAGGCGGUUUCUACGAGGGCCCAACUUUAUGCCUUGGUUUCAAAGACGACGUGCUGUUGCCGAACAAGAACAGCGUAGAUUAUGGAGGCUAGCUAGAAUGAAGACUGAUAUGAGGCAGAUUACGUCUCAGAUGAAUGAAUUGGAAGCUGUGGAUUCCUUCAAUGCCAUUGAGAAACACAUUAGUGAGGAAGUCAAGUCGCGGGAAUCAAAAGGAGGAGGAGGUGCAGAUUCGGAAGGAACGUUUCAGAAACUGAAGAAGGAUCUACAAGCGGUGUUCAGUGUGCUUCCAAGGGACAUGCAGCAACUUCUGCUUUUAAAUCCACAAAGAGCAUCUCUUCUUCAAGAUCCAUCAGAGCUUCAAUGAAUCCCUCUUCUUCACUAGGGCUUCCAUGAGGAUUCUGAUUUCUUUUCUUCCCUUUCUGUUUCAUUCUUUGAACUAUGCCAAAGGAAAAAGAGAAAAUUUCUUCAUCUUCCCUAAUUGUUUACUCGUUUUUUUCUCACGAAACAUGGGAAUCACACAACACCGAAUUCACUGAUCACUGCUGUAUUUUCUCUAUAGUCAGAUAAAUUUGUAGUUCUUUG